UCCUAGAACUUACCACCAGGAUCACUGAGCUGCUGAGCGGAGAGGUUCCUAUAAGGUGUCAGGAUGUUGCUGUCUAUUUCUCCAUGGAGGAGUGGGAGUAUGUAGAAGAACAUAAGGAUCUGUACAUGGACAUCAUGAUGGAGAAUAACCAGUCCCUCACAUCACUAGAUUUAGCCAGUCAGAGAAAUCCACCAGAGAGAUGUACCAGGUCCCAGGUUCGUCUAGAGAAAAAGCAGAAUGUCCCACUGGAUCAUCAGGAAAGUUCUGGUAGAACAACGGGUGAACUUGAAAAAUCUGUAUCCACGUCAGUCAAAGGAGAACACAGGAUGGGUGACUCCUAUGGACAUCUCCAUUUAUCUCCCUUUUAUGAAGUAGAAGAUAACAAUACCACGAUAACUCCUAAUGUACCCUCAGUCCUUCACAGCGGAGAUCUAUCCACUGAUACCGCUGGUCACAAGAAACCUUCAGUCAAUCAAUCACUGACUGGCAAAACAAUAACCAAACAGAAAAGUGGAAAACAUUUUAGAAAGAAAUCUAAUCUUUCUUUGCAUGAGAGAAAUUCCAGAGAUAAAAGGUCAUUUUCAUGCUCAGAAUGUGUAAAAUCCUUUACCACGCAAUUAAUUCUAGAUAGACAUCAGAGAACUCACACAGGGGAAAAGCCAUAUUCAUGUUCAAAGUGUGGAAAAUCUUUUUCCACAAAAUUUAUUCUAGUUGGACAUCAGAGAAUUCAUACAGGGGAGAAGCCAUAUUCAUGUCCAGAAUGUGGGAAAUGUUUUAGUCUAAGAUCGAAUCUUGUUGGCCAUCUAAAAAUCCACGUAGGGGAGAAGCCUUUUUUGUGUUCAGAAUGUGGGAAAUGCUUCAAUCGAAAAUCAUCUCUUGUUUAUCAUCAGAAAACUCACGAAAGAGAGAAAUCAUUUCCAUGUUCAGAUUGUGGGAAAUGUUUUAUUCAGAAUUCGGAUCUCCAGAGACAUCAGAGAACUCACACGGGGGAGAAGCCAUUUUCAUGUCCUGAAUGUGGGAAAUGUUUUAGUCGGAAAUCACAUCUUGAGGGACAUCUAAGAAUUCACUUAGGGGAGAAGCCAUUUUCAUGUUCAGGAUGUGGAAAGUCUUUUAGUCAGAAAUCGGAUCUUCAUAGACAUCAGAAAGCUCACACAGGGGAGAAGCCAUAUUUGUGUCCUGAAUGUGGGAAGUGUUUUAGUCUGAAAUCAAAUCUUGUGAGUCAUCUUAAAAUACACUUAGGGGAGAAGCCAUUUUCAUGUUCAGAAUGUGGGAAAUGUUUCAGUCAGAAAUCAUAUCUUGUUAUACAUCAGAGAUCUCACACAGGGGAGAAGUCAUUUAUAUGUCCUGAAUGUGGGAAGUAUUUUGGUGCAAAAUCAUUACUCAUAGAACAUAUAAGAACUCACACAGGGGAGAAGCCAUUUUCUUGCUCAGAAUGUGGGAAGUGUUUUAGUACAAAAUCGUGUCUUGUUAGACAUCAGAAAACUCACACCGGGGAGAAGCCAUUUUCAUGUCUUGAAUGCGGGAAAUGUUUUAGCCAGAAAUCAUGUCUUGUUUCACAUCAGAGAACUCACACAGGAGAGAAGCCGUUUAUGUGUACUGAGUGUUGUAAGUACUUUGGUAGGAAAUCAUUGCUUAUCAAACAUCUAAGAACUCACACAGGGGAGAAGCCAUUCUCAUGUUCAGAAUGUGGGAAAUGUUUUACCUGUGAAUCAGGCCUUAUUCACCAUCGAAAAACUCACUCGCGGGAGAAACCAUUUUCAUGUUCAGAUUGUGGAAAAAGUUUUAGUAAGAAAUCAAAUCUUGUGGAUCAUAUAAGAAUCCACUUAGGGGAGAAGCCAUUUUCAUGUUUAGAAUGUGGAAAAUGUUUUAGUCAGAAAUCUAAUCUUGUGAGCCAUCUAAGAAUCCACUUAAAGGAUAAGCCAUUUUCGUGUCCUGAAUGUGGGAAAUCUUUUAGUCGAAAAUCAAGUCUUGCUAAACAUCAGAGAACUCACUUGGGGGAGAAGGCAUGUUAAUUUUUUGAUUGUGAGAAAUGUAACAGAUGUGGGGCUUCCUUGAAGUAUUUACUGCCUAUUCAUAUCCCCUUGAGGAUUGGUGUCUUAUUGGUACGGUACAGACAGGACUACCCAGAAGACCUGUACCAAACUAUUGUGAUAUUAUGAUUGCUCAGCUGUGAAACACAAGUAUUAUCCUGCUUGACCAACAGAGAUCAAUGAUGCGGUGAUCCAAGCUGAUGAGAGAAAGCAACGGCUCAUCCUGUUUGACUUCAUUCACAAAUCAUGAUGGAAAUAUUGAAGAAAAGCUGUCAUUUUACUGGUCGGGAUUACAGAAGAUAUUUUAUUUUUUGGGUCAUUUUCCCAUCAGUAGAGUUUUAUCAUAGAACAACAUUAAGGAGAAAGGUUUUAUUAACUUAUUAUGAUUAUUAAACGGAACUCUUUAAACAAUGCUGAACCCAUUAGGUCUGGAAUAAAGGAAAUGCAGCCACUGGAGAUACUAUAUACUGAAAUGAACUGAACAGAUUAUCAACCCACCCAUUGCUGCUAAAUGUUGUGUCAUCAUGGCCUUAACAGGUGACCGUCACAUCAACUGGAGCCACAGCCACUUAUACUGGAAGUGAUUUUUCAGUGGUUACUGGAAAUGUAGAUAUGAUCCACAGUGCUAAAGAUGAAGAGAACUCUACUAUCAGAAUGUUCAUUUUUUAAUAGAUGGUCCAAGAGUGUUGUUACAGUCUGAAAAAAACACUCUUUUUCUUUUGUUGAUUCAAGGCUUCUUUCCAGAGUUAUGAUACUUCUUCAUACUCAUAUUAGGUCUUUGGUAAAAUCAGGGCAUCAUCAUUGCUCUUGUUUACCCAAGCUCCUCUCCUUUCUGUGACCAGCACCUCCCUCACUGCUUUUAUUGAUAAAGCUAGGUAGUGGCAAAGCAGCAAGGGAGCAACAAGAGCAGUGGUGGUGCCCUCAUUGCACCACAGUUCUAAUUUGAACAUUCACACGACUGUAUUUUUGGUCCUCAACCAGUCCACGAAAAUUGCAGAAGCACACCGUGUGCUGUCCACAUCCAUAUGUCCGUUCUGUAGCUCCAAAAAAAGAUAGAACAUGUCCUAUACAAGGAUAGGCAUUGUUACAGUGGAUCCACAAAA